AGCUGUGGGCAAUCAUACCAAAUAUACAUUUAUGCCAUUGUGUAUUGUGUAUAUGACUUUAUUAAAGAUCAUCAGGAGAUGAAUACACAGUUAGCCAAAGUUCAUCUAAAGAUUAUUUAUCUGUAUGUGCACUUGUGAUGAAAUUACUUUGUGUUUCAGGUGUGUUUGGUGUUGAUGGAGAUGAAGUAAAGUCAGUGAUGGAGGGAGAUUCUGUUACACUAAACGCUGAUAUUACUCAAAUACAGAGAGAUCAGCAGAUAGUGUGGAUAUUUGAAUCUCAGACUCUUAUAGCUGAAAUCGAAUAUGGCUCUAUAUAUGAUGAUUAUGAUGAGAGAUUCAGAGACAGACUGAAGCUGGACAGUCAGACUGGAUCUCUCACCAUCACAAACAUCAGAAUCACAGACUCUGGACAUUAUCAACUAAAGAUCAUCAACAGCAGAGGAACUUCAUACAAGAGAUUCAGUGUUACUGUAAAUCGUGUGUUUGGUAAUGAAGUGACGUCAUUGUCAGUGAUGGAGGGAGAUUCUGUUACUCUACACACUGAUAUUACUCAAAUACACAGAUAUGAUCAGAUAGCGUGGAUGUUUGUAUCUCAAGAUACAGCUGAAACUCUUCUUUUAGUUGAAAUGAUUGAAAAGAGGAGCUUCAUAUAUGAUGAUGAUGAGAGAUUCAGAAAUAACCUACAGCUGGACAGUCAGACUGGAUCUCUCACCAUCAAAAAACUUAGCAGAAAACACUCUGGAGUUUAUAAAGUACAGAUCAACCGCAUGACUUCAACAGCAUCUUCAAACAAGACAUUUAAUGUUACUGUCUAUGAACCCCACUUGCAUUACCUGACGAUAGUUGGUUCUGUGGUACUGCUGGUGACUGUAGUUAUUAUAGUUGGGGUCUGCUGCUUCUGCUGCAAAAAGAAAUGCAUCUGGGCAAGAGAGGCAAGUACAGUGUUUACUUGCAAAAAUGUAAAAAAAUAUAUUAUUUUUAAUUCCUAAUUAAGAUUCAUAUAUCUCUACUCUGUUAGACCGUGUGAGAAAACUCAUCUUUGUAUUCUGUCUUUCAAUUGUUUUUUUAUUCAGGCUCAAGUCCCUUCAUUACAAAACUCGGUUGUCGUUGAUUCCAGAUGUUGAUGCAAGCAGAAGACAGAUUAGAGAAGAAAAUGAUGCAUUCCAUACACUAGAGGAUUUAAUUGCAGAAGACGUACUGUAUGCUGAGUAUUUAGGAGGGCAAGCAAUGAAGCUUUGUAUGCAGCAGUAGUUUUCAUCAGUGUUAUUAUUCUUGUUAAACCUUACUGGGAGUUUGUCAAAAACAUAGAUUGCUUAGUAGGAAGGUUAUAGGAAGGGUUUUUUUUUUCAGGAAAAACUGGCUAAAAUAUAGG